AAUCCGAACUCUUUUUUCUCUCCAUACAUCCUAUCGUCAUCGACGUGACGAUUUGUUGAUGGCCGCGUCGCAGUCGAUUUCAAAACAUCGGUAUUUUUAUCGCUAAUUCAACCACGCAAACUACACUUGAAGCCCAGACUCUACGAUCCAAGGGUCUGUCGUGACCCCUCAAGCUACCUGAAGCUCGCCCCUGGUCGUGUCCAGCAUGGGCAAGUGCUGCAUCCCGGGCUGCCGUAACUCCCGCGAGCGGAUCCCGGGUCUCACCUUCCACCAGAUUCCGUCUGGCGAGCCGUGGCGAGCGCUCUGGCUCGACGUCUUGGGGAAGCAGGGGGUCCAACUCUUCACCGAAUGGACCCUGGUCUGUGGGGAACACUUCACGCACGAGGACUACAAGAUGACGGCCCGCAAGAACUUCCUCCUGCCGUCCGCCAUCCCGUCCGUCUUCAAAGAGACGACGUCGUCCUACGUCCCUAAGAAGCGCGGGCGUAAGCCCAAGUCUCAGCAGGCGGCCGUGUUCCGGUCCCUAGUCGCCGAGGACGUGGACGUUCCAGACGACGACGAUGACGCGAGUGGCGCCGCCAACCCGCGUAGGACGGGCCGACAGCGGAGGCAGAAGGUCUACACCGAUAUGGUGGUCUAUAUGCCCAAGACGCCUGGCGAAUCGGUUCAAGGCAUAGAAGGCAGUGGUGGCGGAGCCGACGACGGCAACCUCGGUGAGACAAUCUCUUUCACGUUACAUCAGCCGCCGCAAGAUGACGGAGAAGUCGACGGAGAUCCCGAGUACGUCGCGUCGGACGAAGACGACGACGACGGCGAGGAAUCGGACAAACCGGCGUCUAGCGAUCCCGCGCCGGGGUCGCAGCCACCGAAGAACUUAAACGUGAUCGUGUUUUCGAACCAGCCGCGGCGGCCUACCAGGCCGGGAGGUGGCAGUGAAGCGUCUGUAACUGACUCGGAGCCUAGGCCUAAACGGAGGUGCUGCCAGAUCCAGACGCAGCGCCUGCUCUUCUACAAGAGCGUUAUCGUCAAGCUGAGAAAGAGGGUGCUGGCUCUGGAGGCAAGCCUCCAGGAGAAAGAGAAGGAACUGGCGGACUUGAGGUUCUGAGCGUCCCACCGUGUUUCAAGAGAAGCAGACGUGAGUUGGAGCUGGUACUCUCAGCAUUUAGUGUGACCACAUAAAAGUGUCCUCGGACAAUCUUUGCAGUGAUGAGUCCAGUAACUUGGUAUGCUAGUGGUUGCAGACCCUUACUCUCAAUCUGCUCUUGAAGGUGGUGGGAGCUAUCGCCGGGGUGUUUGGUGGAAGCAGAUUGUAUGCUUCUGGAGAAUCGUCUCUACACCAAAUGCUAUUUCUCAACGGCUUUGCCAUCAGCCCGUAGGAGCUUACACAAUGCAUUGCUGUGGUGUAUAGUGCCACCUUCAGCAAUGCUGGAUUUGCAGAAAUCGUUUUGCAGCAGAUGACAUGUGAUACCUUUAUUUUAAUCCAUUGUCUUUUAUGAUCUCAAGGCGUCUUACGAUCUUGGGGAGAAACACCACUUUUGUUUCUCUUUGUGUAUGACAUGCUGUUAAGCUGGAAACCUAGAUAGGGAGCUAUCUGCAAGAACACUAUUUCCAUCUGAUGCAGACCUUGUUAUACUAUUAGAAAAAAAAGGGCGGUCAACAUUUUUCUGGGAAAGACCGAUUUCACCAAAUGGUCGACGCAUGCGUGAUGCCCUAUAAUUGCCCGCAGGAGGCAGGUAGGAGAGCAUGCGCAAGCGCAGAACAACAGCAAGGUUGUCGCGCCGUGCAGAAAUGUUGCGGCAGUGGCAGUCUAAUCUAAGUGACUGGUGAGACCAGUUCAAUCAUUCGCAUAGGUUAUUGUCAAACAGAAAUCUUAACCACUGAGACUGAUACCACACAUGAGCAAAUUUCACUUUAAUGGCAGUUUCAACAGCUGCCAUUUAGUUGUGGGAGACGAAGACAUGCAAAUUUGAUGGUUGCUUGUUCAAGCUAGCUGUGUCAUGCUCUAUGCAGGAUUGUGUUGAAGCCAGUUUUGUGUUACCAAGGAUGUCUGGUGCAGCCCAUAAAUUUAGGGUUUCCUGUUUUUGUUUUCAUUCACCUGUAUAUGCAAAGGAGCCAUAGAACUCUGCUCAAGUUAGCCUCAUUGCCAGGUCCGACAUCAGAGUGCAGUGCAGCUACGGUCAUGACAUACGCCAAGUGACAUCAUGCUCAUGCAGAAGUGUUCACGGUUUGCUCUACGCGUGAAGUGGUGGAUAAAAGUACACCUGCACACGCAUGUGUAAUUUAAUUACUAGCUGUGUCUCCACGGAUACUGUUAUGUUAAGAUGUGGGAAUAUUCCUGCAGACUUUCACAUGCUGCUCCAGCUUCUGCCUGUAAAUUCACUGCACAUGCAGAGAUUUAGCAUGCAUUAAAGAUUUUAACACCCAGACC